GGAAUGUAACAGAGAAACCUAGGCCUCUGUUGCAUUUCUUAAACCCUAAUUCCUAAAUCUCGCUUUCUCCUCCUCCGGCGUCCUGAAAAACCUAUCUCUCGGCUUGCUUAAUCUUUGUUCGAACAAUGCAGACUGCAGAGAAAGUGAACCCGAAGGCUUACCCUCUCGCCGACGCGCAGCUUACAAUCACCAUUCUUGAUCUUGUUCAACAAGCUGCUAACUACAAGCAAAUCAAGAAGGGCGCCAAUGAAGCGACCAAGACGCUGAACAGAGGCAUAUCUGAGUUCGUUGUGAUGGCCGCCGAUACCGAGCCGCUUGAAAUCCUCCUCCAUCUUCCCCUGUUAGCCGAGGAUAAGAAUGUGCCGUAUGUGUUCGUCCCUUCUAAGCAAGCACUUGGCCGAGCUUGUGGAGUCACAAGACCUGUUAUUGCUUGUUCUGUGACAACAAACGAAGGAAGCCAACUGAAGUCACAAAUACAGCAACUCAAGGAUGCCAUUGAGAAGCUCCUGAUUUGAAGUGUUCCAGUUGAUUUUGAUUCUUGGUUUAUGGUGGUGGCUCCCUUGGAGGCUUUAACUGAUGUGGAUUGUGCAAGUGGGGGAGGAGCAUAUUUUCAAUUGUAACAACCACUAAAUUUGAAUUUCCUAGAGAUAUAAAGAUUUACUUAGAAAUGAUAUAUCUUGACGUUAGUUGUCAGUCAGCGAUGUUGUUCCUUUCAGAAGAUUUUGAUGAGAUGUUUGACAAAUAUGAAUGAAUACAAUAGAAUUUCUGGAAGUAUUUUGAACCA